GCAGCCCCGCCGCCGGCGGGUUAUCCGACCAGAGACGGCGGCGAUUUUUCCCAACCCCCUCCUGUUCCUGCUGAAACCAAGUCCAGAGGCGACGGCUUCUGGAAAGGCUGUUGUGCUGCGAUAUGCUGCUGCUGUGUAUUGGACGCAUGCUUCUGAUCGCCGGAAGUUGGAGCGGCGGCGGACGAUUCCGGAGACCUGUUUUACUAGAGACGACCGGAUUUUUUUAGGGAUGUAUUAUGAUAUUUUGUGAUUUAAUUUUUAGUGUUCUUUUUUUUUUUGUGGAAUUUUUGUUAAUUAUGUUGUAUUAAUUCGUGUGUUGAAACGUAGGAGUCAUGGUGAUGGAACCGUAUGGGACUAUAUGAUUUAUAAUAUUUUUUAAAUAAUAAAUUAUUUGAUGUUUUUCUUGUGUA